GUGGUUUUGAGUGAGGAACCCCUAGCACGGAGCUGCCAACGCCCGGCAUAGACGCUACUAUACCGAGAGAGGAAACGAUCUUGAAUGAGACCAGUGGAUCCUAACAGAGUGCAGCUAUGCAGACGAUUAAGUGUGUGGUAGUGGGUGAUGGUGCUGUGGGUAAAACCUGCCUCUUAAUCUCAUAUACAACCAACAAAUUCCCCUCCGAGUAUGUACCAACGGUCUUUGAUAAUUAUGCGGUAACGGUUAUGAUCGGCGGGGAGCCCUACACCCUAGGACUGUUUGAUACAGCCGGUCAGGAAGAUUAUGACAGAUUACGACCCCUGAGCUACCCCCAGACUGACGUCUUCUUAGUUUGUUUCUCUGUCGUUUCGCCUUCUUCGUUUGAAAACGUUAAAGAAAAGUGGGUUCCAGAAAUCACUCACCACUGUCCAAAGACUCCCUUCCUGCUGGUUGGAACGCAGAUCGAUCUGAGAGACGACCCCUCCACCAUCGAGAAGCUCGCCAAGAACAAACAGAAGCCCAUCACCCCGGAGACGGCCGAGAAGCUGGCCCGCGACCUGAAGGCCGUCAAAUACGUUGAGUGCUCCGCCCUCACGCAGAAAGGACUGAAGAACGUUUUCGACGAGGCGAUACUGGCAGCCCUGGAGCCUCCAGAGCCCAAGAAGAAGCGCAAAUGUGUGCUGCUAUGAGCGCCACCCCAACCCCCACCCCCCUCUCCACCCCCCCCUUAAUCAGCUAAGGCUGGACUGUCAGCUCUGUUCUCUAAAAUACCAGAGUUUCACAUUUUUAAAGAAAAAAAAAAAUGACCCUGCAAACACCACAGAGGAUGAAAAGUAAGAAAAAUUACAUAUGAAAUAAAAAAGAUCAGCUACCAUUUUUAUUUUUGUUUUCUCAAUAAUGUAAUGUUGUGGUAGACCUCUCAUUUCAUUUCAAAUGGUUAGUAUGAUCAGAAUCCUGUAAUUUGCGGCUGUCUUAAAAGCUGCGAUGACUCGGGCCUUUUUUGUGACGUAAUUCACCCAGAUGUGUUUUGUGAUCAUAAGUGCCACAUUGGACAGCGGAUGUGUAGAACUGAGAAUAAUCGCUUAUUACAGGGGUUGGGCCAAGUUGUAAUGACAGUCCUCAUAGGAUUCUGUGAAACAAUGAGGGAAUUGAUUCCUAACGAUUGUCAGUUUGAUUUUCUUUUUUGUUUUGUUUUUGGUUUAAAUAUUAAAAUAUUGAAUUCCUUGUAUCAGUCCCAAUGCCCUGGUCAGGGUGCUUGCCUGUACUGUAUGCCGUUAUUAAUCUUGACUAGUGCAAGCAUUUCAACAAAUGCCUCGCUCUUCGCUUGAAGGAAGUUUUUUUUUUUUUUUGAUGGCUUCUCCUUCCCCUAAUUAAAGCAGGCUGCGACCGGAGAGAAGAGCAGACUGUGUGUGACAGAGUCUCAGCGAACACGCGCUCUGUCUGAGCCGCUCUGCAGUUCGCCCCGCGCACGCAAGCGUCUCGGCGAACACGCGCUCCCGUCAAAACCGCUCGGCGCUUCGCCUGCGCAUAUUAAACCACUUGAAGGAAGUGCACAUGGCUAGCGUUUUCAUUUUUCUCAGAAUGAUUGUUUUGUUGUUGUUUAGGCGUAUUAUUGGUGACGUGGGCGACGGACUGGGCUUCAUGAGGGCAGGGUGCUCUGACAGUGUUAGUGGAAUGGGAGGUGUGUUAUCGAGGUGCCAGGGACCAAUCAGGCUUUAAAGCAGAUUAAAAAAAAAAAACAAAACGAACAUGCACAAAUCUCAGAUUCCUGUGCGGAGAGUGACACCAUUGAUAAUAAUGUAAGCUGGUAAAAAAAAAAAAAAAAAAAAAAA